AUGGCCAAAGGUAUAAAGAGACCACACCUUAUCGACGAUCCCUUCCAUCACCGUUCAUCAUCUUCCUCCAUCCUAUCACCCUCAUUCCCCUUCAUCCUUCGAAACCACGCGCACACAAUGACUUCAGCUCUAGCCACUGCGUGGGUGGGCACGCUGCUCAACCAAGCGUCCAGCGGCAAGCUCUUCCCUCGUCCCGAUCAGCGCUCCGACUUUGUCGUCCCGUCCUCACUUGUCUCUGGCACAGCCUCUUCUUCCGCCCACAUUUCAGAGACAGCCACCCUGUGCGAAUCUUGUCCCGAAAAAUCCAAGUCAGCCAUCCCGCAAGACUCCACCAAUCUUCAUGAUGUCGGCGGUGUCGAUAUCGAAGCGGCACUGACUCAAGCACAGGGCACCGACACCGUCGCACGUGUCGUCAGUAACGCCAACGAGAAGCUCUCCUCCACAUCCAGCAAAUCCAACACCUCGGACGACCGCAUCAUCGUAGGAUGGUAUGGCGACGACGAUCCCGAAAACCCACGCAACUGGUCCUCCCGCAAAAAGGCCUUUGUCACCUUCCUCAUCGGUCUGCUCACCUUUGGCGUCUACUCGGGCUCAGCCAUCUACACACCUUCCAUCCCAGGCGUCAUGCAGGAGUUCCAUGUCAACCUCACACAGGCCACCCUCGGUCUCUCCCUCUUUGUGCUCGGCUACGGUAUCGGCCCCAUGGCGCUUUCCCCACUCAGCGAGAUCCCCGCCAUCGGACGCAACUGGACCUACAUCCCGAGUAUGAUCAUCUUUGUCAUCUUCAACAUUGUCGCUUCGCUCGCUCCCAAUUACAGCACCCUCAUGGCCAUGCGUUUCUGGACCGGCUUCUUUGGCUCUCCGGCGCUCGCUACGGGUGGUGCAAGCAUCGCCGACAUGUACGAAGGUGUUGGUGUAGCGUUCCCCAUUGCCAUUUGGGCUGUAGGUGCCGUGUGUGGGCCCGUACUAGGCCCCGUCAUCGGCGGAUUCUCGGCCAUGAACCUGAAUUGGAGGUGGCCUUUGUGGCUGCUUACCAUCCUCUCUGGUGUCACGACAAUCGUUCUGGCGCUCUUGUUGCCGGAAACUUUCGAAGGACAUAUUCUUUUGCAGCGCGCUAAGAGGCUCCGUGCGCUCACCGGAAAUACGCGUCUGCGCGCACAGAGCGAGCUGGACCAACAAGCCACAACCGUCCUCGCCAUCACCAAGGAAGCGCUCCUCCGCCCUCUCAUCAUCUCUAUCGAGCCCGUCGUCUUCUUCUCAAGUUUGUUACUCGGACUUGCCUAUUCAUGCUUUUACUUAUUUUUUGAGGCAUAUCCAAUUGUGUUCAUCCAGAUGCACCACUUCAAUCUGGGCGAGUCAGGACUGCCGUUCCUCGGACUAGCCGUCUCCGGAGUAGUCACUUUGUUCGGUUACCUCUGGUACCUCAAGAAGUUCUUCAACCCGCGCUUUCUCGCCAAAGCCCAAAAGGGGAUCAUCAUUCCCGAGGACCGCAUCAGUAUCGCACUGUUCGCAUCGUUCUUCGUCCCCGUCGCCAUGUUUGGAUUCGGAUGGACCAGCAGGGAAGAUAUCCACUGGAUCGUUCCCAUCAUCUUUUCGGCGUUGCUGCUUCCCGGAGUGUUCCUGCUGUUCCAGAGCUUGCUGGUGUAUCUGCCAAUGUCGUAUCCCAAGUACGCAGCUUCCGUGUUGGCAGCGAACGCCUUGAUCAGGUCGACCAUGGCGGCCGCUUUCCCGCUGUUCGGGCAUGCGCUUUUCAAGAACCUUGGUGUAGGUGGGGGUAGCAGUCUGCUGGGUGGCAUCUUUGCGUUCUUGAUCCUGCCGCUGUGGGGUCUGCAGAGGUACGGGCACCUGCUCAGGAAGCAUUCCAAGUACGCACAUGUCUAUUAG